GUGAAUACCAUAAAGAGGGCAGUUUUAUUCAUUUUUGUCUUUCGUUUCGCAGCUACAACCAUUUUCUUCUCGCGGACUAUUGGAACUGCGGCGCCAUUCACACCGGCAGCUGCCACUGAUACUUCCCUUUAUCUACUCCAGGUGAAAUCCGGUGAGCACAAAAGGCCCACAAAGUGGGUCAAACCACAAACCAGUGCAAUGUCUCCCAAUUCAUUCAUGGUCCCAGUUUGACGGGUUACUUUUGCAAAACAAACAAACGUGCAUGAAUCUAAAGGAACCGGUAGAACCGGUCCUGCAGCCUGCAUACCGAGCUGUGGAGCGCAGCACAGCUGGUCUUUGCACAGUGUGCUGAAGUAGAGGACAGCGUCCAUACCUAAGCAGAUUGUUCACCCGUUGAGCAGCAAUGUCUUCAGGGUUUGCCGCGUUGUGUUUCCUGCUCCUGCACACUGGAGCUCUGGGCUUCAGGAUAUUGCCGGGAAGCUCUCUGAGUCACCAGGAAAUCACCAUGAUGGCCAUUUUAAAUUCCACCGUGCAGGUUUGCCGUGCGCUGGCCCAAGCUGAGGGGACAGACUUCACUUUUCCAGCACAGCCUUUCACUGCAGAGGCGGUUGCUGUGGCCUGCGGUGAACCAAAGUCCUCCAAGAACUACCGCCAAGCCAUUAUAUUUAUCACGCUGAGGAACAUACGGGUGGACAUUCGUCAUGCACUUAAUGGAAGCUUCCAUUUUGAUGAAGAAUUGUUUGUGCAAGGUCGGAACAUCAUCACCGAGGGAAUAAUGGUUGUGAAAGCAAGCAACAAACAGGGAAACUUUGAGUCGGCCAGGCAGAAAAUGGGAGAGAUUUUACAUCCCUUACAGGACUUCUACAGUCACAGUAACUGGGUGGAACUAGGAAACAAAUUCCCAAAUGCUAAUCUGAUCAGAUCGGACACCAGCAUUGGUAACCUAGCAGAUAGAAACAGGGCGACGUGUCGCAACUGUGAUGGAGACGACUGCAGGAACAACAUCUUGGCUGACAUCAUCGAGGAGAAGGUACUAACCUCUGGGUAUUUUGGUGUUGUGCCUUUUGCCUCGACCAAACCAAAGGGAAAAUGCAGUCACGGAGGAGCAGGUGAUCAAACAAGCAAAAUUGAGCCUAAAGGUGGGAUCAACAAAGACUCUUUUGAUGCCAGCCACGGACACCUCCACCCUGACGCAGCAAACCUGGCGAUUGCUGCAACUAGUUGGCUGCUGGAGGACAUUCGAGGGGCUGCUGGUGACCGACCGUUCCUCCAGAUGUUGGGAAUCUCCAAAGGGUCCAGUAAAGCGCUUUGUUUUGUGAUCGACACCACGAAAAGCAUGAGCGACGACAUCGAAGCCGUGCGGGCCGUCACCUCCUCCAUAAUCGACAAUGAAGUCGGGACGGAAAAUGAGCCCUCAGCCUACAUUCUAGUACCUUUCAACGAUCCAGAUUUUGGACCGAUGACAAAGACUACGGACCCAAAGGUCUUCAAGAAUGUCAUCAAUUCACUAUCGGCAGCCGGUGGAGGGGAUGAGGAGGAACUGAGUCUUUCAGGGCUUCAGCUGGCCUUGACGAGGGCGCCGCAAAAUUCUGAGGUGUUCCUCUUCACGGAUGGACCAGCUAAAGACAAACACCUGAAAAGCACAGUGAUCGCGCUCAUAGAGCGGACGCAAACAGUGGUGAAUUUCAUGAUUUCCGGCACAACAGUGGUCAAUCGUAGGAAGAGGAGUAAGGACAACCAGAACCUUGACCGGAUCGCGGAAUCGGAUGCUCAGCUGUACAGAGACCUGGCUCAGGCUUCAGGAGGUCUGGUUGUUGAAGUCUCAAAGACGGAGCUCCCUGAGGCCACCAGCAUCAUCACACAGUUCUCCAGGUCCUCUCUGGUAACCCUGCUGCAGGCGGCCAGGAGCCCGGGACGGACCGACACCUUUUCUUUUACGGUUGAUGGAACAGUGGAAAACGUUAGAGUCUACAUCACCGGGCGCUCUGUCACGUUCACGCUCACUAGCCCCACAGGGGAGCAAAGCACUGACACAACAGGACCGUUGAUCACUGCAUCGCAGUCUGUGGGGAACCUCAAGACUCUGCAGCUAAAAAGUCAAGUUGGACUGUGGAAAAUGAAAAUGGAGUCAACUAAUCCGUACACUCUUAAGGUCAUAGGUCAGAGUCCUAUUGACUUCCUGUUUGACUUUGUGGAGGCAUCACAAGGCCCUUUCACAGGAUAUGAUUCUCUUGACACUCGUCCCAGAGCCGGCGUCAACGGCAGCUUGUUGGUGACGUUAACGGGAAGCGACUCGGCCACGGUGACAGAGGUCACUCUGGUCGAAUCGUCCGGGUCGGGGGAGGUCAAAGGAACAGUGGAGCCACGGGGGGGAGGAAACUUCUUGGUUCUCGUUGACGUGGUGCCGUUGGUGGAGUUUGCGGUGCGGGUGACGGGGCGGGAUGGCGGUGCAAUAGUCUUCCAACGGCAGUCAUGCACCAGCUUCAGAGGCUCCAAUGUGACUGUGAUUGCGGAUUCCAAUAGCAUCUUGGUACCAGGGACCCCCUUCUCCGUGCCCUUCUCAGUGUUAACCAGAGGAGUAGGAGGAAACUUCACCAUCCGAGCCACCAUCAACCAACCCUUCGACUCGACCUCUCCGACAAACGUGUUCCUGGAAACUGGGGUCAGCGCUAACGACACGGUGACCCUCUCGGCACCUCUGAACACCCGGUCUGGUGACGACGUCACCCUGACUAUUGAGGCCGAGGCUCCCGGCGGCGAAGACACAAACUACGUCGUGCUGCGCAUCCCCGUCGUGAACACGGUGACGGAUUUUACUCCGCCGCGGUGCGAGCAGCUCGGCCUCAAAGCCAACUGCUCCGCCAACUGCAGCUCGUCGACGUGGGAGCUCUCCGUUCGGGUGACUGACGGGGCGGAAGGGACGGGCGUGGAGCGAGUCAGCCUCAGACGGGGCAACGGGACCUUCAACACCAGUCCGGCCAGCGGCAAUGAGAACAUAACACUGGUUUCCUACGUCUCGUCGUGCUGUGAGCCCGAGGUGGAGCUGGUGGCUGUGGAUCGAGUGGGCAACGUGGGCACCUGUGUGUUCUCCUCUUCCCCAAAAGUCACUCCCUCACCGCUUCUUCUCCCAACCGUGGUGCUGCUGGGACUCCAUAUGCUUUCCAAACUGGGCAUCCCUUGACUCCCGGUUGAAGUUAUAAUUGGGGCAGCAGCAUGUGUAUUUUUUUUUUUUUUAAACGUUGAAUAAAUUGACUUUGUACUGUAAAAUGGGUCAUCUCGGGCAGCACUACUUUAUGAAAUGUUUUCGCUCACUGUAGGUGUUACUGGGAUAUUUUUCAUAUGGUUCAGUCACACUGCUUUUUUGGGGAGGAAACUUAAAUAAAUCCACUGCAACCGAUGGCUGUGUUUGUUUAAAUGAGAGGCAGGAAUGAUAAAAAAGCUGUGUUUUUUACAAUGUGUCGAAUGUAUAAUUCUUUCCAUAAAAACAAUUUUCUGCAUAUGUUUCCAAUGAAUUACUAAUUGAAAAAUUAUUAUUUUAAUUAUUAUUAUUAAGAGGGACGUAAUAAACGUUCAUUCGAGUGUGA